AUGAAAGGCUGGAUAUCACGACUACUUCCCAACUUCAAUCAAUCGUUUUCAAUUCGGUCCGAAAACCCCACAAGACGCGUCGAGGCACCAUACGACAUAAUUCGAGACGAUGUACCACUUAUCAUGAAAUCAACAUCACACACCACUCACGGACCUACCACGACAGGCACCCCCAUCGACCAACCCCUUCUCACCAAAAUAAGCCGUACCCGCUCCAUAAUCAUCCCCUUCGAACCACGCUACCUCAAUAUCGUCCCAAACCUGCACAAAGUCGCCCAGUACGACAUCCUCGCCCUCAGAGACCUCAUCAAGCUUGCCGAAAGCGGAGAUCAAAGCAUCGAACUACUGCUCGCAUUCCACCGUACCAUGGCGAUCGAAAUGCAACAUGGACAUCCGAACCGAUAUGAUUGUAUUCUGAGAGAAACCGCGAAGCUAGACAAGAGGGUGCAGUUGUUGAGGGCUUAUGAUGAGAAAUUUGGGAUUAGGAGGAAGGCUGAUGUUUUGGAUAUGCCGAGGCCGAGGACACCGGUGGAAAGUGCUUAUACGGGGCCUAUAUGA